CCCUGCUAGUGGCAUGUGUGUGUAAAUACUGAAAACUUGUUUAUCAGUCGUUUGCUAAUUGAAACACUUAUUUACACUGUGUGUUGUGUAACUAUCUUAGAGGGUAAGAAGUAAGAAGUCUUCCAACGAAAAUGAAAUCCAAAUCGUCGUAUCAUAAAUCUGAAAACACUUAUAAGUUUCAGACCUUUUCUGAGCGGCUCGCAAAUGUGAAUGUAGAUGUCAUUCAUCGCAUUGACAGAACGGGCAGUUAUGCUGAGGAGGUGGAAACGUACUUCUCUGAGGGACUGAUGAAAUGGAGGGACCUCAAUUUAACAGAGCAUUUUACAACUUUUUUGAAGGAGGUUUUGCACAAGAGCCAAUCCUUCAACCUCCUGGUGUUCCAUCAGAACUCCAUUGUGGAGAGCUUGAAGACCCACCUCAGGGUGAAGAACAGUCUAGCCUACCAGCCGCUACUCGACCUGGUGGUCCAGCUAGCUCGGGAUCUCCAGACAGACUUCUACCCUCAUUUCCAAGAUUUCUUCCUCAUUGUCACUGGACUGCUGGAGACUCGAGAUACGGAACAGCUUGAGUGGGCCUUCACCUGCCUGUCCUACCUUUAUAAGUAUCUAUGGAGGCUCAUGGUAAAGGAUAUGAGUGGAAUGUACAGUUUAUACAGCACCUUGUUGGCGCACAAGAAGGAACACAUACGCAACUUUGCAGCAGAAAGCUUUGCCUUUUUGAUGAGAAAGGUGCCCAGUUUCGAAGAGCUCCUGACCUACAUGUUUCAGGAUCUGGCUGAGGAUUCCCAGAAGACCGAGGGAGUGGGCCAGCUACUCUUUGAAAUGUGUAAAGGUGUUCGCAACAUGUUCCACUCUUGCGCCAGCAAGGCUAUUCCCAUGGUCUUGCGGAAGCUGGGCCCGGGAUCCCACGCGGGUGCAUCACUGCCCUGGGAUGCUGUCGAAGAGGCUCUGUGUAGCAUGGCUGGAAAAGCAGUCAGUCACAUUGACAAGGAACACUUCCUGGUGUUUUGGGAGUCCCUGCAGAGCUGCAUGGAGGAGGUGUCCAAACAGCUGGAGGAAAAUCAGGAGAACCAGGAGGUGAUUGAGCACAUCCAGAGACUGCUGGACAUCUGUCAGAUCCUGGUGGGGCACCGAGGUGGGGCUAAGGUCACCAAGCCAGAGUCUGUCUGUGAGACCCUGCUCCAGCUUAUCCAACAACCACGGCUCUCCUCGACCUGCCACCAGCUGCUGCUUAAGGUUACAUCGAUGCUGCUACUUGGGGAGAAUGUGUCUCUGUCUGCCACUCUGAUUCAGGAGAUGGUGAAAAAGGUGUUCAGGAGCGAAAUGGACCAGGACAUCAUUCUGCCCUUUGCUAAGGAGAUGUUUGGCAUGAGUCAGUUUGAACAGCUCUUCCUGCCCAGCUUGCUGCAGUACCUGGAGCAGAUGUUCAGCAGCAAGGACACCGUCAUGCACCAACUAGCCCUCGAAUUCCUGGCUUGUUUGAUCCUGGACAAGGCUAAGCCCCCUACUGAUGGAUCCAUGGCCUUUGAGAAGUAUCCUCUUGUCUUCACUGGACAGCCCCUGGGGUUGAGCAACCCCAGAGACAAAGCCCUGUCCACUGAGAGCGAAACCAGGAUCCCUGUGUCUCAGUACAUUCUGUCACUCAUCAACCUUCCGGAGCACCAGGCACUCCGUGACCUGUCACUACCUUGGGCUGCCCUCGUGGUCCUACCUCACAUCAGGCCGCUGGAGACAGGACAAGUGGUCUUGGUCAUCACAGGGCUCAUCAACCGUCUCCUGCGAGAGGUGGAAGGCAAUGUCUGCAGGACAGAUUCCUCAGCUGCACUCUUUGUGGCCAGACAGGCCCUCAGCACUCUGCUUAGCUUCAAGGAGGCUGAUGAAGUUCAGUGUCUGAUCCCGGUGGAUCGGGUACAAGGUAUCAUCCAGAAGUUUCCUACAGAUCUCUCUGCCCUGCUUCUGGGUGACCUCUUCUACACCAGGCUCUCACUCAACGGCCUCUCUGCCCAGCUGUCACAUGAUGCAUUGCUCGAUUUAUACCAGACAUUGCAUUCCAACUUGUCCUCUAAUGUGUCCAAGAUCCGGCUGCUCACGUUAAGAAUAUUUACCCACUUUGAAGCAGAGCUCCCAGAUCACACAGAGGGCGAGGAGGACUCGGAGACACAGACAGCGUUUGCGGUGUGCCUGCAGGCGGAGCUUGUCCCCGCCACAGUGCACGACUACCGAGAGAAGCUGCUACAUCUGCGCAAGCUGCGACAUGACCUUGUGCAGCGGGUUCUGCCCCGGGGGCCCUUCCAGGAGGUGCCCCUCCGUUACCUUAUUGCGAUGCUCUUCAUCAACUUCAGCCCUCUGUGGGACCCGGUGAUUGAACUCCUGGCCACUCAUGCGAGAGAGAUGGAGAACAAGGCUUUCUGGAAGGUGUUCCAUGAACAUCUGGAGAUGGUGGCUCUGUUAGCUGAGAAAGAGCUUCGAGAAGAUGAUGACCAUGCAGAUGGUGAAGGUUCAGAUGAGAGUGCAGGGAAGACUGCAUGCUCAGGUCUGGAUGUGGUGCAGAGCGGGGAUGUUGGAGUUCUGUUCCUGCAGCAGUUUGACUGUGCCUUGGAAACUAAUGAGCGCACAGACUUUACCAACUUCCGCUUCCUCCUGUGGAAGGCCAUGGCCCAGUUCCCAGAGCGGGUAGAGCCUCGCAGUCGGGAGCUGAGUCCACUGCUGCUGCGAUUUAUCAGUCAGGAGUUUUACCCUGCGGACCUGCUUCUGGCACCUACUCAGGACCUGAGGAAGACUAAGUGGUCUGACCUGGAACAUGAGAGCCUUGAAGAGGAGGUGGCAGGCUCGAAACAAGAAGAACAGGAGGAGAGGGAGGCACCUGAGACUGGCAAAGAGGCUGGGAAGAAGACACCAAGGAGAGCUGCAGCCAAGCAGCUCGUUGCGCACCUUAAAGUGUUCUCCAAAUUCACGAACCCACGUGCACUCUACCUGGAGCCCAGUCUCAGUCAGCUCUACAUGCAGCUUCUGUGCCAUCAGGACCAGAACAUCCAGAAGUUUGCUCUGGAAUGUGUGCUCACAUACAAAGACCCCAAUAUCCUGCCCUACAAGGACAGCCUUCAGAGACUGCUAGAUGACAAGCACUUCAAGGAGGAGAUUGUGCAUUUCAACAUUUCCGAGGAUGGUGCCGUGGUGGACGCCUCUCAGAGGCCAUCUCUCAUCCCAGUCUUGCUAAGGGUCCUGUAUGGGCGCAUGCGGAGUAAGACGGGCAACAAGACGCAGGGCAAGGCAGGCGCCACCACCCGCUCCUCCAUUGUGCUACGCUUCCUGGCAGGUUGUUUGCCAGAGGAGAUUGACAUGUUCAUCGAUCUGCUGUUGGAGCCGGUCAUUCGAUACUCCCACGGGCCAUGCCUUUCAGCAGUGCAGCGGGCCGCCGAGCAGACGGACGUCUCGGCGAUUCUCCCGCUCGGGCGGCAACACAGCCUGUUGAACAUGUUGGAUGUGGUGAUUCAUAAGCUGGGCCACCUUAUCCAGCAUUCCCUGCCCAAAGUUCUGCAAAUCCUUUUGUGCCUCACUGCCUCUGUAUCCACCAUCCUGGAGCGACGUGACCAGUUAAAGGUGGGCUCCAUAAAUCCGCUGAAAAACCUGAGGCGCCUAGGCAUUCUGCGAAUCCAGGACUUCUUCGCAGGGUUUGAGUCGUACAGCUUCAGCACUGAGGAACUGGAUGCCGUGUUUCAGGCUGUGGUGUGGCCACAGGUGUGCCGCCUUCCAACGGAGAGUCCCUAUGCCCCCACACCACUACUUAAGCUCAUCCACGUGUGGAGCAAGAAUGCCAGGUACUUUCAUCUGCUGGCAAAACAAAAGCCUGGUCACCCCGAAAAUGACAUUCUUUCGAAUGUCUUCGCUCUCCUCUCCGCCAAGAACAUCUCGCCCUCCACUGCCUCCAUGGUGAUGGACAUUGUAGAGAAUUUGGUCACGACACCCAACUUCCUGGCAACAGAAACCGAAAUGGCGAUAACAGUAAAUGACUGUGUGGUACCCCAAGCCAGUGAUGGGUGUGACAUGGAAGAAGAUUCGUUGAGUCUGGGUUCAAAGCUCCUCCUCCCUCACGUUACUACAUUGCUGCAGUACUUCAGUGGGAUUGUCCGCCAAUCUGACCGUUUGAGGAAGAAAAAAUUUAGAACGCAAGUCAGCAAGGAGCUCAACAUCCUCUCCAAGAUCAGUAAGUUUGUAAGUAAUAAAGAGCAGAGCUCCAUGCUGAUCAGUCUCCUGCUGCCGUAUCUCCGCAAACGCAGCACUGCAGAGGAGACUGAAAUUCACAUCCUAGCAACUGUCCAGAACCUUUUGAGGCAGUGUGCUGAGGCCAAUGCCUUCUUGAAGCCCCUCAGUUGUCUUUUCUCCGUCAUCCACCGAAAGCUUGCCCGCCAGGCUCUUUGCACCGUCUUCCAGACUUUGUCAGACCUGAACAGUGAGCUGAAGUACAUCACAGACAUUGCCGUCCAGCUGAAUGCCUUUGACAGCCGCCACCUGGACGAGAUUAACUUUGACGUGCGCCUGACAGCCUUCCAGGCUGCAACCAAGCGCAUUGAGGAGAUGGAGGUACUGGACCAUGACUACUUGCUGGCCAUCAUGCACAACUGUUUCUACUCGUUUGAGAUUGGGGACAUGUCUCUGGCUGAUAACGCCACCCUGUGCCUGACGGCAGUGAUCAAGCGCCUGGCCAGCAUGAAGCACAGCGAUGAGGAGUACAGAGAGGUGGUGCAGAGAACUCUUCUAGAGGCAGUACGGCGAGGUCUGCGGAGCAAAACUGAGAGCGUCCGGCAUGAUUACACCAUGGUUCUCUCAUGCCUCAUCCAAUGCUUCAGCUCCAAACCAGAGUUUCGAGACUUGGUGCAGCUCACUGACUACAAUGACCCGGAGUCUGACUUCUUUGAGCAUAUGAAGCAUAUCCAGAUCCACAGGAGAGGCCGUGCCCUGAGGAAGUUUGCAAAGCAGCUAAAUGAGGGGAAAGUGGUGAUGUCAUCUCGAUCCCUGCAGAAUUACAUCAUGCCCUAUGCUAUGACGGCUCUCUUUGAUGAGAAGAUGCUGAAGCAUGAGAACGUGAUUUCUGCAUCUGUGGAGGUGGUCGGAGCCGUGUGCAGGUGUCUCACCUGGUCCAAAUACCUGUACUACCUGAAGCACAUGGUCCAUGUGCUCCAGACUGGACAGGCUGAGCAGAAGUUGGCAGUCAGUCUUUUGGUGACUGUUUUGGAGGCAUACCACUUUGACCAUGAAACGCUAAGCAAGGAAAUGGAAGCAACAGAGAAGAAGAAAGCGGCAAGUACAGUGGAGGCAGAAGGUCUGGAAGACGAAGUGGAAGAUGCCAUGGAUUCUGAAGAAAGUGACACUGAGGAGGUAGUCGAAGCCUUAAAGAUGGAGACAGCCACUCUGGAGACAGAGGUCACGAAGGAGGAUCCUACCCAAGUGAACUGUAUGGAGACGGACUCAAAGUCUGCUCCCUCUAUAACUGCUCCCCAUGCUUUGAAGACCAUUUCCACUGGUCUCCCCAAGAGCAAAGAGGAGCUGGAGGCCCUGAUUGCAUCCAUCCACCAUACAGUUGCAGAGAGCAUCUUGCCUAAGUUGCACAAGUGCCUGACUGCCAAGGUGAAGAGGGAUGAAGAGCACAAGCUGGUGAAGACAAAGGAGGUAAAUGAGGAAGAGGUGGUGAGGGUGCCCAUUGCCUUUGCCAUGGUGCGGCUCCUGCAGUCCCUCCCACAGGAAGCCAUGGAGUCAAACUUGCCAGGCAUCCUACUGAAGGUCUCUGUGCUGCUGAGGAACCGGUUCCAGGAGGUCCGAGAUGUGGCUCGGAACACCCUAAUCAAAAUCAUGGAAACCCUGGGCCCUCGUUAUUUGCAGUACUUGCUGAAGGAGAUGCAAAGUGUUCUGGUCAAAGGUUAUCAGAUCCAUGUUCUGACCUUCACAGUGUACCAACUGCUGUCUUGCCUGAAGCCCACCCUAAAAAGUGGAGACCUGGAUCCUUGUAUAGAUCUGCUGCUGGAGAUCUUCAACAAUGAGCUGUUUGGGUCGGUUGCUGAGGAGAAAGAGGUGAAAGGCAUAGUUUCCAAGCUCAUGGAAGCACGUCACAGCAAGAGUCUGGACUCGUAUGAGCUUCUAGGCCAGUUCUCGGGGAAAGAAUGUGUCACAAGGCUCAUCCUGCCACUCAAGGAGAUCCUGGAGAACACGACCAGUCUGAAGGUGUCUCGCAAAGUCCACGGAGUGUUGAGACGUGUGGUAACUGGGUUGCUGCUCAAUGAGGGCAUGAGCUACCAGUCCAUUUUGCUUCUUAGCCAUGCGCUUGUCAGCGAGAGCCUUCCACUCCUCACACAAAAAAACAAGGAUAAGGCUUCGGCCCAGCCUCCCCCUGACCCCAGGCUACCACCUCCCAGCUGCCUGCUUCUGCCCCCCACUCCAAAGAGGGGUGGACAGAAGGCCGCUAUCAGCAGCAGGACCAAUAUGCACAUCCUAGUGGACACUGGACUACGGCUGCUUCACCUGAGCCUGAGCAAGUCGAAGGUCAAUUCGUCAAAAGAGGGUGUGUUGGAGAUGCUGGACCCCUUCGUUCCUCUGCUGCUGGACUGUCUCAACUCCAUGCAUGUUAAGGUGAUCACAGAAGCCCUGCAGGCCUUUGCCUGGGUGCUGAAGUUUCCACUUCCAGCAGUGGGGAGGAGUGCAGAGCAACUGACCAAGACACUCUUCGUCCUGCUGAAGGACUACGCCAGAGCAGGCGCUGCCCGUGGGGAGAACUGUAACCUGGUCCUCAACUGCUUCAAGGCCAUUACCAUCCUGGUGAAGAGUGUAAACAAACACAAAAUCUCAGAGAAGCAGCUACAGGUGCUGCUGGGAUAUGCCGAGGAAGACAUUUAUGACCAGACCAGACAAUCGACAGCCUUUGGCCUUCUGAAGGCUAUAUUAUCCAGGAAGCUGGUGGUCCCAGAAAUGGAAGAUGUGCUGAAAAAAGUGGCCAAGCUGUCCAUCACUGGCCCAAAUGGACAAGUCAGGUUACAGUGUAGACAGAUUUACAUGAAGUACCUCUUAGAUUAUCCGCUGGGAAAGAAACUAAAAGGACAUCUGGACUUUAUAGUGGCACAACUUAGUUAUGAAUAUGACACAGGCAGAGAAUCUGCUCUGGAAAUGAUGGCCUACAUGUUCCAGACCUUCCCAAAGAACCUCUUGCACCAGCAUUGUGGCCUGUUCUUUGUUGCUCUGGCAUUGUCUGUGGUCAACGAUGACUCAGCGUGUUGCAAGAAGAUGGCAGCGCUUGUGAUCAAAACACUACUAGGCAAACUGGACCUGGAUCACCAGAACAACAUGUUUGCUUUAGUCAACACGUGGCUUGCGAGUGACAAGGUGUCUCAUCGGCGCCUGGGAGCACAGGUGUGUGGUCUCUUUGUGGAGGUGGAGGGAACGCGCUUCUCGGGGCGUCUCGAUGUCCUGCUGCCUCUCAUUGAGAGAGAGAUCAACCCAUCCAACUUUGAAGAUAUUGAGGAGGAGGAAGACGAGAAAGCGGCUGACAGGCUGCUCUUCAGCUUCCUGCUUCUUAUUUCGAAACUCAUCAAGGAUUGCAACUUGCUGCAGCUCCUUGGACCUCAAGAGACACUCACCAAUAUCUGGAGUCACAUUCACAGUCAUCUACGAUACCCUCAUUUUUGGGUGUGGCUGACUGCCUCCCAGGUGUUUGGCCAGCUGUUCGCCGCUCACACACCAGAGGAUCUGGUCACCCGGUGGACUGCUCAGCAGGACGGCACUGUGACAACGGGUCCAGUUGCCACAAAUUUCCUGGUCACUAACCUGGACAAGAUGAUGAGAGAGCUUGUCCUGUCUUUCUGUCACCAACUGCAGUCCAAGUUCUUGGACACAUCAAAUGGCGAGCAGGUCAUCAAAAACCUGCGAUUUGUGGCCAAAGUAAUCUACCUAAUCUCACCUCAGUCUGAUGCCAAGAAAAAAGAAGGGGUAGAGGAGCAGGAGGAUGAUGAUGAUGAUGAAGAAAAGGACAAAGAGGAGGAGAAAAAGCGACCGCCCUCUCUGCUCUGGGUCAUGAAGAAGCUGUCUGUUCUGGCAAAGAGAGAGGCGGCUGACACGCCUAAAGUUCCACUGAAGAGAACUUGUGUUUUUAAAUUCUUGGGUGCCAUAGCGAUGGAUUUGGGCAAAGAGCGCCUGGGGCCAUACCUCACCACCAUCAUCGCCCCACUCUUCAGAGAGCUGGAGAGCACUUAUGCUGAGCAGGACCCCACACUGAAGAACCUGUCCCAGGAGCUGAUUGAGAUGUUGAAGAAGCUGGUGGGACUGGAAAGCUUUUCCCUUGCUUUUGCUGCUGUGCAGAAGGAAGCUACACAAAGGAGGGCUACGCGUAAGAGACAGAAGGCCAUGCAGGCUGUUGCCAAUCCUGACAUUGCUGCCAGGAAGAAGUUGAAAAAACACAAAAACAAGAUUGAGGCCAAGAAGAGGAAGAUCGAGUUUCUGCGGCCAGGGUACAAGGCCAAGAAGCAACGCAGCCAUGGAUUGAAGGACUUGGCCAUUGUGCAGUGAAAGCCACUUGACCUUCACAUUUGUGUGGACUGAUUCACAAGGACAGAAUUUAUCUUGAACAGCAGAUGUCUUAAAAACUACAGCAUAUGCAGUUAAAUGUGAUGCUGAUUCCCUACCCCCAUUAAUAAGUGACUGUAAAUAUUGCUUCAAGAUUUUUACUGCUAGAAAAAGUAUGUGAAAAAUGGUGAAACAGUAUUGCCAAUAUACUUGCAUAUGUGGAGUGAAAAAAGGUAAAAUAUGCAUAUUGAUGUGGGCAGCAAGUAGCACAGUGGUAUGAAGUACCACCUUGAAGGUGGAUGACUGAGGUUCAAAUUCCAAUAAUGCUGUAGUACCCUUGAGUAUGGUACCUACCUGAAAUUGCUCCAAUAAAAAUUGCAAAGCCAUUGUAAAUAACUUUAAUGUUGUAGGUUGGUGUGGAGAUAAACGUCAGAUACAUAAAAUGUAUCUCCCCUCUUGUGGAUAUACAUAUGGUAUUGUACAUUCCCUUGCUACAAGCCAGCAGUAAUAAAAAUAUUGCAGUCUUAAUAGAAUGAAAUCCAUUUUAUAUUUGAUUUAAUUUUAUGGCAAAUUUGUCAAGUUUUGACAAUAACCAGCCUCCACAUGUUUAAGCCCAUAAAUAAAUAUGCAGUAAAGUCAUUGGGUUUUAAAUGGAACUGUUAGUGACAGCAACUGCAAACUAUCAAACAAACAUAUCAAAGCUGUAGUCUACAGACUCCAGUGCAAAGAUAACAAAAACUGACCUCACAAACCACUGUGUAUGGAAAUUACAAAUUGCAGCGGGGGGGGGGGGGGGGG